AUGCCUCGAGCCGCGCACUUCCACACUGGCAAUGCUUCUGGCAUUCACAACGUCGCACUCACGUUGGCAGUCCCUCGCUUUGACUGGGCAGGAGGACGCGGUGCUGCUGCGCCACGCGCUGCAGUGCGGCACGAAGCAGUGGGGAGAUCUGGGGAGGGGCGGAAGUUCACUCACCGCUUUCGCAACAACUUUUUGAGAAAGCACCUGGAAGAUGCUGCAUUCCUCCAGCACGUUUCCUUGGAAGGAUACAAUCAGCCGCUGUACUGUCAGGAUUUCAAGCAGCAGCAUCAGCAUCAGCUACAGCAGCAGCAUUGGCGGCGUGCAGAGGGCGUGGGUUCAGCUGAGCUCGCGUUCGGAGGGCUGACAUUUGACGAGUGCACGGCUGUCUUUUUCGCCCCGAAUGUGCGCUGCCACCACCUAGCUUUCCCACUUGUCCCACCCAACCUCUCACCUUUCGCCAGCCCACCUCCGGCUUCCCAAGCUCCUCAUUUUGCUUCUCAAGCUGCCACCUUUUCUGCUGCAGCGGCUAAUGCUUCUACCUCAGAGUUUUCACUCGCCCAUGAUGCCUUCCCCGUUGCUGCUGCCUCCACCGCCGCUGCUGUGCGCCGCCCAUUGAAGCGACCAAGGGACGACUGCACCAGCCUGGGGGCCGACCAGCCGCUGCUGGGCGGACUGGCAGAGCAGUUCCAGCAGCAGGGGGAGAUUAGCCGCGUGCAGCAGCAGGCAGCGGACGAAGCCCUUCUGGAGGCAUUGCUGUGGGAGGAGCGUGGCCAGCAGCAGCAGGGAGGAGUGAGGAGCAGGGCGCAGCGGGUGUUGUGGCCGCGCAUUGGGUCAAAGAGUGCCCUUCCAGACGACGUGCUGCUGGGAUGCAGCAGCGACGAACCUGCCCUCAUGCAACGUGCCACUCUGUCUGCUCCUCCGCCCACCCGGCCACACGCAGAGCUGCCAGCGCCAACGCCCUCCCAAUUCGCUGCUCCGCCUGCCUCCACUUUCUGCGUUGGAAAUUCCACCCUUUGCUGUGGGGAUUUCGCUCCCUGCAUUGGGGAUUUCGGCGAGGGCUGGCCGCGCGUUGGGUCGGAGAGUGCUCUUCCAGACGACGUGCUGCUGGGAGUGUGCUGUGAGGACUGUGCCUUCACGCAGUGCUCUGCUCCCUCAGCUGCGCCGCCCACCCAGUCACGCGCAGCACUGCCAGCGCCAAUGCCCUCCCUGCUUGCUGCUCCGCCUGGCUCCGCUCUCGGGAGCAUGAGCAGCGGCAUGACACAGACGCUUGAUGGGAGUGCGGGUGCCAUGCAGGAGCUGGAAUACUUGGACGCGCGCAUUGCCAUGCAGGAGCUGGAAUACUUGGACGCGCGCAUUGCCAUGCAGGAGCUGGAAUACUUGGACGCGCGCAUUGCCAUGCUCGGCAAUGGAAACAGCAGCAACCACAGCAACGACAAGGAAAACGACAAUGGCAACGGUGCUCUCUUUCUGGACACGCCCGUGGCUCACAUGUUGCUGGAUGGGCGUACCCUCACCGUGCACUUGGGGAGUGAGCCUCAGCAACAGGCGCUGGCAGCCCCUGGUGCUGCUGGGGCAGUCCCUGGUGCUGCUGGGGCAGACCAUCCUGAGUGGGCGGUGGAGCAGGGAGGGACCUGGGAGGGAGAUGCUCAGCGGCACCAACACCGGCAGCUGAAGGGUUGUGGGUGUGGAGAGUUGGAGCGCAUUCUCUCGCACCACCAACCGCUGCUGCCGCUCUCCCAAAUUCCUAUGCUGUCAGCCCCCACUCAACCAGUCCUCUAUGGUGUGCCCAAUGCAUUGAACAUGCCCUCGAAUCCAAGGAACUCGCACAUGCAAGUUCUUAUACAGCCACGCCCAGCCAUGCUGCAGCAGCCCUUCCCCACUGGUGGUGCUUUACCAGCGCUCUGUCCACCCCAUGCUGCUUCCUUGGCCCGACAUGGCCUUUACUCAGAGAUUUGA